AUGUUGGUAGGCAAGAUGCUGUCUCUUCGCUCCGCUGUGCGGAGAGCUUCCACCAAGCCCCUCCGAUCACUCUCCGCACCGCACGUCUCGCCUCUUCGGGCAGGCAUUGCUGCUCGCACCGUUUCGACCCCUCUGCGCCAGGGCCGUAGCUACUCGCGCGCCACCGAUUCUCACCUCAGUUCGACUCGCAGCACCGUGGUCCAACUGCUGAGCAACAUCGGCUCCAAGCGUGAGGUCCAGCAGUACCUGUCCCACUUCACCUCCGUCUCCUCCCAGCAGUUCGCCGUCAUCAAGGUCGGCGGUGCUAUCAUCACUGAGCAUCUUCAGACACUGUCCUCCGCGCUCGCCUUCCUGAACCAUGUCGGCCUCUACCCGAUCGUCGUCCACGGUGCCGGUCCCCAGUUGAACCGUAUGCUGGAAGCCGCCGGGGUCGAGCCACAGUUCGAGGAUGGAAUUCGGGUGACCGAUGGCAAGACCCUGUCGCUGGCCCGCAAGCUCUUCCUUGAGGAGAACAUGAAGCUGGUUGAGGAGUUGGAGCGCAUGGGUGUUCGUGCCCGCCCGCUGACGGCCGGUGUCUUUUCGGCAGACUAUCUCGAUAAGCCCAAGUACAACCUGGUUGGCAAGAUUAAUGGCGUUGACAAGAAGCCCAUUGAGUCUGCUAUCGCCGCGGGUUGCCUGCCCAUUUUGACCUCUAUGGCCGAGACUCCGGAUGGCCAAGUGCUGAACGUCAAUGCGGACGUUGCUGCCGGUGAGCUGGCUCGUGCUCUUCAGCCGCUGAAGAUCGUAUACCUCGCCGAGAAGGGCGGUCUGUUUAAUGGCGAUACCGGGGAGAAGAUCUCAGUCAUCAACCUGGAUGAGGAGUACGAUCACCUGAUGACCCAGUGGUGGGUUCGUCAUGGUACCCGCCUCAAGAUCAAGGAGAUGAAGGAGCUGCUGAGCGACCUGCCUCGCUCUUCCAGCGUUGCCAUCAUUCACCCCGCUGAUCUGCAGAAGGAGCUGUUUACCGACUCCGGCGCCGGUACCUUGAUCCGCCGUGGUAACAAGAUCCACGUCAAGACCUCCCUCUCGGAGUUCGAGGACUUGGAGGCUCUCAAGGAUGUGCUUGUUCGUGACCGUGAGGGUCUGGACGCUCGCGCCGUUGUUGACCGCUAUGUGGAUGGCAUGAAGGAGCAUGACUUCAAGAUCUACUACGAUGACCCCAUGGACGCGCUCGCCGUGGUCCUGCCUCCCCAGCAGGGCUCUCUGAUGGCCCACCUGGCCACCUUCACCAUCACCAAGUCUGGCUGGUUGACCAACGUUGCUGACAACGUUUUCGCCAGCGUUAAGAAGGACUUCCCCAAGCUGGCUUGGACCGUCAAGGAAGAUGAUGAGAACCUGACCUGGUUCUUCGACAAGGCCGAUGGCAGCCUCAGCCGUGACGGUGAGGUCCUCUUCUGGUAUGGUGCCGAGAACGGCGAGGAAGUCAAGCAGCUCGUCCAGGAAUUCACCAAGCACGGCCGCCAGAUGUUCGGUGACAUCAACCUCGAGCACCGUCUUCACCGUGCUCACCAGGCCGCUGCCAAUGUGUCCAAGGGCUUUGGAGCUAGCGGUGCCUCCGUUGAGCAGAAGCGCGCCUUCUCCUCCACUGCUAACGCUCUCCGUGCUUCCCGGGUGCGCCCCACCGUUGCUGUCAACGCCACUCGCACCUAUGCCACCACCAACCCCAACCCUCCCCUUGGUGAGAAGAACGCCUCCAACACCCAGCCUGCGAAGGUCGCUCUUAUCGGUGCCCGUGGCUACACUGGCCAGGCUUUGAUUAACCUCCUCAAUGCCCACCCCAACAUGGAUCUCCGUCAUGUCUCCUCUCGUGAGCUAGCUGGCAAGAAGUUGCAGGGCUAUGACAAGCGUGAGAUUAUCUACGAGAACCUUAGCCCCGAGGAUGUCCGCAAGAUGUCCGCCAACGGUGACAUCGACUGCUGGGUCAUGGCUCUCCCCAACGGUGUCUGCAAGCCUUUUGUUGAUGCCGUUGAUGCCGGUUCCGAGAAGGGCAACGUUAUUGUCGACCUGAGCGCCGACUACCGCUUCGACUCCAAGUGGACCUAUGGUCUUCCCGAGCUGGUUGACCGGGCCAAGAUCGCCCGUGCCACCCGCAUUGCCAACCCUGGCUGCUACGCUACCGCUGCUCAGCUCGGCAUUGCCCCUCUUGUUCCUUUCCUUGGUGGCCAGCCCACUACUUUCGGUGUUUCUGGAUACUCGGGUGCUGGCACCAAGCCUAGCCCCAAGAACGACGUCCAGUUCCUUACCAACAACAUCAUCCCCUACAGCCUGACGGACCACAUUCACGAGCGUGAGAUUAGCGCUCAGCUGGGUACCAGCAUUGCUUUCAUUCCCCACGUCGCUGUCUGGUUCCAGGGUAUCCACCACUCCAUCAGCAUUCCUCUGAACAAGGAGAUGACCUCCCGUGACAUCCGCAACCUCUACCAGGACCGAUAUGCCGGCGAGAAGCUUGUCAAGAUCGUCGGCGAGGCCCCUCUCGUCAAGGACAUUGCUGGCCGCCACGGUGUCGAGAUCGGUGGUUUCGCUGUUCACUCCAGCGGCAAACGUGUUGUUGUCUGCGCUACUAUUGACAACCUGCUCAAGGGUGCCGCCACCCAGUGCCUGCAAAACAUGAACCUUGCGCUGGGCUACUCGGAGUACCAGGGCAUCCCUCUGGAGUAA